AUGGUGUCAGAAGAAGCAAUUGCUGCAGCGAUUGCAGAUUUGGAACUGCAAGAUGUUCUAAAUAUCUCUGAGACUGCAAGGAGAUUUAAAAUCAAUAGGGUAACGUUAUCGCGCCGAUAUCGAGGCGUUAUAGGCUCGCGAGCCGAAGCAACAUCUAUAUUUUAUAAGAGAGAAGCGAUUGCCAAAUACAACAUUACCCCGGAGAAUAUAUAUAAUUUCGAUGAGAAAGGCUUCCUAAUUGGGCUUGAACAUGCUGUUAAACGAAUUAUUCCUAUCUAUCUGUGA